AUGAAAGAAAAAUAUACUAUUCUAAAAAAAAUUUUGAAUAGCAACCCUGAUAUCAGCUCUAAUGAAACAACUAUAUCUUGUUAUGAAAACAUUUUCUAUAAUUCUUCGAAUUCGUCAUUAAGUGAAAUAUAUAAAAAUGUAGAAAAAAAUAGAGAAAGUGAAUUAUUAAAUUCUCCUUAUUCAAUUGAUAAUUAUGAUUUAAAUCUCUAUAAGACAAAACAAAAAAAAAAUGUAAAAAAUCAUGAAAUCUUUGAUGAAAAUAAUUAUUUCAGUUUUAAAAAUAUAAAUGAUAAGCGUAAUUAUAACUAUAAAUACAUAAAUGAAAAAUAUAUGACAAAAAAAGCUACUGUAAAAGAAAAUUUUAAAAAUAGAACCUAUAACAUUGAAGAUUGCAUAAGAAAAAUUAAUAAUGCUUACAUGAAAGAAGCAAAAGAACAAAAAGAUAAAAAUAUAUAUGAUAUAAAUGAACGCAUAAAUGUUAAUUCAAACAAAUGUUCUUUAAAUGAAGAUGACUUUAGUGAUAGUCUGCUAUUUAGAAAUAAUUUUUGUGAGAAUAACUUUUUUCAAGAGAAUCUUCAUGAAGAAGAUUUAAUACAAGAGAGAAUAAAACUAAAAUAUAGUCAAAUGAAUAUAUCAAACGAUUUAUUAAGUAGUAACUUUGAAUAUUGUUGUGUUUUUUGUUCUAAAAUAACUCUAAUUGAAAAAAUUAAAAAAGUUAUGUUCAAUAAAAUAAAACCACUAUGUGCAAGUUGUUUUAAUAUUUUUUUAAAUUUGAUUAGAGUUAAUUCAAUUAUGUGUAUUUCCUGUUUUACAUCAUUUUCUCAUGAUUAUAAAAAUUCAAAAUGUGUAAUUUGCAGUAAUUUCAAUAAUUUAUUUUAUGGGAAUAAUAAAGAAAAAUUGGAUAUUAUUAGAAAAGAACUAAGAAUUUUUAGAGCAUUGCAUAAAUAUGAAUUUAGUGAAAAUUUAAAUUCAAAUACCUUUUUAAAUUUUUUUAUUAAUAUGAAUUAUUGUUUUAAAAAUUUAUAUUGUUAUUUUAGUACUCAUCAAACUUUCGUAAUUUCAAAAAACUAUGUCUAUGCAAAGUAUACGAUUCCUUUUUAUGAUUUGAUAAAAAAUUUAGAAAAAAACUCAAAAAUUAAAUUAGAAGACGAUAAAAUAAAUAAUAUAUUAGAUGAAAAAAAAGAAUUUUUAAAAAAUAAUUAUUUUCUAAAUGAAAUGAAUAAUAUAGGUUAUAACCUAAUUUCACACAAUAUAAAAGAAAUAAAUGUUAAUGAUAUUGGCUGCGAGAAAACAAAUGGAAUACAAAACAAAAAUGAUUUUCUGAAAAAUGAAUCGAAUCGUAAUAACAAUUCAAAAAAAAUAUUUAAUAAUGAUAACUUUUUCUUGAAUGAUUCUAUAAAUUCAUUUAAAAAAAAUAGAUAUUCUUCGGGAUCAAAUUUUUUUUUUGAUAACAAUAAUAAUGAUAAGCAUUCUUAUUUUAAUUUACAUAACGGAGAUGUGGAAAAAUACGGAAUAAAAGAAUUAAAAAAAAAAAUGGUAAGUAUCUCUAAAAUGGAAGAAAGAGAAAUAUAUAAUGAAGAGAUAGAAAAUGAAAAAUAUGGAAAAAAAGAUGAAGAUGAAUAUGAUAAAGAAGAAAAAGAGAAUUAUGAUAAUGAAAAAGAAGAAUUGUUUAAUCAAAAUAUGCAGAAAAAAUAUAGAGCAUAUGAGGAACAAAAAGGGAAGAAAAAAGAAUAUGAAUAUGAAGAACGUGAAGAAGAAAAAGAAGAACAACAUAAAAAGGAGUAUGAAGAAUUAGAACAAAAACGAAAACGAGAAUAUGAAAAAGAAUAUGAAGAAGAUGAAAAUGAAGAACAAGGAUGCGAAGAAAAGGAAGAAGAAGAACAACAACAAGAUGUAAAUGAAGAAGAAAAUGAAGAUGAAGAACAAGAAUAUGAAGAAGAAAAAGAAGAGGUAGAAGAAGAUGAAGAAGAUGUAAAUGAAGAAGAAAAUGAAGAUGAAGAACAAGAAUAUGAAGAAGAAAAAGAAGAGGUAGAAGAAGAUGAAGAUGAAAAUGAAGAAGAAAACGAAGAUGAAGAAGAUGUAAAUGAAGAAGAAAAUGAAGAUGAAGAACAAGAAUAUGAAGAAGAAAAAGGAGAGGUAGAAGAAGAUGAAAAUGAAGAACAAAAAUAUGGAGAAAGUGAAAAUGAAGAAAAUGAGGAUGAAGAAGAAGAUGAAGAACAAAAAUAUGGAGAAAGUGAAAAUGAAGAAAAUGAGGAUGAAGAAGAAGAUGAAGAACAAGAAUAUGAAGAAGAAAAAGGAGAGGUAGAAGAAGAUGAAGAAGAUGAAAACGAAGAACAAAAAUAUGGAGGUGAAAAUGAAGAAAAUAAAGAUGAAGAAGAAGAUGAAAAUGAAGAACUAGAAUAUGAAGAAGAGGAAAAUGAAGAUGAACAAGAAUAUGAAGAAAAAGGUGAAAAUGAAGAAAAUGAAAAUGAAGAACUAGAAUAUGAGAGAGAAAAGGAAGAUGAAAAUGAAGAAAUAGAAUAUGAAGAAGAAAAAGAUGAAAAUGAAGAACUAGAAUAUGAGAAAGAAAAGGAAGAUGAAAAUGAAGAACUAGAAUAUGAGGAAGAAAAAAAAGAUGAAAAUGAAGAACAAGAAUAUGAAGAAGAAAAAGAAGAUGAAAAUGAAGAAAUAGAAUAUGAAGAAGAAGAAGAUGAAAAUGAAGAGAAUGAAGACGAAGAACAAGAAGAAAAAGGAGGGGAAAUAAAAGAAGAUGGAGAAAAAUAUGAAUAUGAAAAAUUGGAAGAAAAAGAGAAAGAAAAAGAAGAAAAUGAAGAAGAUGAAAAUGAAGAACUAGAAUAUGAGGAAGAAAAAAAAGAUGAAAAUGAAGAACAAGAAUAUGAAGAAGAAAAAGAAAAUGAAAAUGAAGAACUAGAAUAUGAGGAAGAAAAAGAAGAUGAAAAAGAAAAAGAAGAAAAAGAAAAAUAUAAAUUUGAAAAAGUAAAAAAAAAAGAGAAAGAAGAAGCAAAAGAAGAAUAUGAAAAUGAAGAAAAUAUAAGAUAUGAUAAUAAAGAAAAAGAGGAAUACACAUAUGAAAAGGAAAAAGGAAAAUACAGUGUUUUAAAAGAAGAAUAUAAAGAAAAAUAUGGAAAAGAAAAAGAAUAUAAAAAUGAAAAAAAAGAGGAACAUAUAGAAGAGAAAAAAAGAGAAGAUAUUAAACAAAAAAUUAAGGGAGAUGAAAGACAAGAAGAAAUAGAGCAAAUUCAACCGAAACAAAAAAGAGGAAAUAUAAUGGAGCAUGAAGAAACAAAAGAAAAAUGUGAAGAAGAGCAUCAAAAAAGAGAGAAAAAACAAAAUUUAGAAAAAGAACAAAUAGAAAAAACAGAACAAAUUGGAGAAAGAGAAGAAAAAGAAGAAAAAGAAAAGGUAAAAGAAGAAAUAGUUGAUGAAAAAUUGGAGCAAGAAAUAAUGAAAGUAGAAGAAACAGAAGAAAAUGAGAAAAAAGAAAAAGAAGAAAACGUAAAAUAUGUAAAAGUAUUUGAAAAAAUUAAAGAAAAAAAUAGAGAUAUAAUGAAAAAAAUAUUAAAUAACGAAGAAGAGGAAAAGCUCACGAAUGAAAAUAUAUUAAGUUCAAAUAAUAAACUUCAGCAAUUUUUUGAUAUUUUUAGUGAUACAAUUAUUUCUAGUCUUUUAAAACUAAAAAAUGACAAAAUAAAAUCAUCUUUUUAUCAACUAAAGAAUUUUUUUAUAAAAUCAAAUAAUAAAAUUAAUUUAAAUAAAUAUAUUAAAAAGUAUCAUGGAAAAUCUGAUUUAAUAUCAUAUUAUAUUAAAUACAUGGACAGACAAGAAAAAGAAACAGAUAAACUAUUUCAAAAUUUAACAGUAACUCAAAAAGAAGUAGAAAUGUUCAAAAGAAGAUUUAAAAUAUAUUAUGGUAGUAAUGCAAAUCAAAGUGAUAUUAAUAAAAAUAUUUAUCUAAAAUCUAGAUUAUUAGACAGAGUUAAAUUAUUAUUAGAAAAUAAAAUAAAGAAUUUUGAUAAAGUUCAAAAAAAUGAAGAAAUUUAUGAAAUUAUUUAUGAAUUUAAGGAAUUUUUAGAAUUAUCAAUAAACUGCAAUUCUCAUGAAAGAAAUAGUUUAAUUGUUAACAGUUUUUUGAAAAAUAAAACUUUUGAAAAUAAAAAAUAUUCCCUAAGAAAAAGGACAAAUAAAUUCAAUAGCUUCAACGAAAAAUACGAAAAAUUUAGAAGUAGCUUAACUUCAGCAAAAAAAAUAAUGAUUAUUAUAUAUGAUACAUUUUAUAAAAAUGCUCACUUAACUAAUUUGGAUUCAUUUAAUAUAUUAAGUGAUAUUAAAAUGUUUAUAUAUGAUAAAGAAAUAAGAAAAAUAAAUAACAAUUUAAAUAAUCAUUUACAAUAUAAUGUUACAAAAAGAAUGAAUUUACUAAAGUGUAAAAAAGAGUAUAUAAUACCGGAAAUUGUUUGUGUGUUAAAUAUAAAAAAGAAAAAUUUUGAUAAUUUUUUAAUUAAAAAUGAAAGAAUGAAAAUAAUCAAUGCAAAUACUUUAAGUUAUUUGAAAGAAUUAUAUUUUUUUGAUUCUAUAUAUAUAAAUAAUAUAUAUUUUAAUGAAUUCAUGCCAAAUAUAGUAAGUAAAUAUAUAAACCAUUUUGUAAAUCAGAAUAAUACAGUAAUGUUUAAUUUUUCUAUUAAUUAUUUAAAAAACAAAAAAAUUUCAUUUUUUAAUUUAUUUCAUGAUUAUUUUAAUUUUGAUAAAACAAAAAUAAAAAAUGAAGAUGUAAAAAUAUAUGAUUCUUCUAUUUUACUUAAAAAAAGUAUUGAAUUCACUAAAAGGAAUAUUAAAAAAUAUAUAAAACAAAAUGGUACUAUGAAAAAAUCAAACAAACCAAUAAUAAACUCAUUUAAAAAAAAUAUAUCUUAUAAUAAUAAUUUUGAAACAUCAAAUAAUAAACAAGGUUAUAAAAAUGAAAUGCUUUUUAUAAAAAUUAUAAAUGAAUUAAAAAAUAAAUUAAAUGAAAUAUAUAAUGAUAAUUAUAAUUUAACAUUAAAUAUUUAUUCCCAAAAAAAAAAGCAACUUUACAAUAUUAGUAGAUGCAUAUUUAAAAAUAAUACUAAUAAAUAUGAAGAUGAUAUUAAAAAGGAUAAAAUAAAAAUAAAUUUUUCUAAUGAUAGCAACAAUAAAUAUCAUAAAUUAAACAAAAAAUUAAUAAAAGGAGAAGAAAAAGGAAAAUGCAUUCAUAACUAUGUAGAUAGUUGCAAUAGCACUUAUAAUGAUAGUUUGUAUUUAUAUAGUAUUGAUUUAAAAAGGAUAAAUAAUAUAAAUCAUUAUAUAAAUAACCACAAUAUAAGUAAAUUUAAAAAAUCGUCAAUAAUUUUUCUCAUAAAAUUAGAAUUAUCAUUACCUGAGGAUACCAAUAAACAAAAAGGGGAAAAAAAAAAAAUAUUUCAUUUUACUCUUGUUGAUAUAAAUGUACCAAUUUUCGAUAUAAUGAAAAGAAAUAGUGUUAAUUACUUAGCUGAGUUUAAAAAUAUGAGAAAUUUUGAAAAUAUUUUUAUAAAUUAUAUACAAUCUUAUUUUUUUAAUACAAGUAUAACCCUCUACUCGGAUAAUAUUUUAAAAUUUUUGUUUCAAAAAGAUCCUUAUAUAUGUUUUAUUUUAUACAUCAAUGACGAUUUUAUAUUUGAUCAUAACUUUAAGAAUACGAUAAUUAAUGAAAAAGAAAUGAAUAAUCAAAUGAAAAAUGAAAAAGACAAACGUUACAUAAUUUUGCAUUUGCUAUAUAUUUAUUAUUGGUGUAAUAUAUGUGAAUGUUUCAAUUUAACAAAAGUAAUUAAUUAA